AAAAAAAUUGAUGCCACAUUCCAGUGUCAACUAGAUGAUUUUGCAUCCAUGUUAAAAUUGAAAAGUUGAUAAACAGCUUCUGGUGAAUUGUAUACUAGCUCUUUCAUAUCCAAAAUUAACUGGAGAAGUGGAGUUAGUUUAAUAUAUUUCUGUGGGAAAAAAAAAGGCGUUCGAAGACUGGAGAAGCAAAAGAGAAUAUCAUGGAAGAAAUAUCAUACAAGAGUCAGUUUCUUGGAGAAACACAGCUAGAAAAUAUUGAUUUCUCUCAAGAGAAACAAGAGGAGGCAGAGAAUAAACCCUACUGCAGUGAUAUUUCUACAACAAAAAAUAAUUUAAAACCUGAAGUAAAUAAUUUACUUCACUCUGGAUCAAAGUUUUAUCAAUGUAAAGAAUGUGGCAAAAAUUUUACAAGAAACAGUUCUUUAUAUCGGCACCAACUUAUUCAUACAGGAGAGAAGCCAUACCAUUGUGAUAUCUGUGGUAGAAAGUUUUCACGGCAGAGCAGUUUACGUACACAUAAGUAUACUCACACAGGUGAUAAACCAUUCCAAUGUGAUAUUUGUGGCAAAAAGUUUACUGGAAAUAAUGAUUUAACUUGUCACAAACGUAUACACACAGGAGAAAGGCCAUACCAGUGUGACAUCUGUGAUAAAAGAUUUAUGGGGAAUAGGGAUUUAUCUCGGCACAGACGUAUCCACACAGGAGAGAGGCCAUAUCACUGUGAUAUCUGUGAUAAAUCAUUUUCUAGGGAUAGCAAUUUGUAUAGACACAUACGUAUACAUACAGGGGAGAAUACCUCAUGCCAGUGCAAUAUUUGUGGUAAAACAUUCUCAGACAAUGCUAACUUAACACGCCACAUACGUAUACACACCGGUGAAAAACCAUACCAGUGUGAUAUCUGUGAUAAAGCAUUUUCCUUACGUAGUGGUUUAUCUUCCCACAAACGUACUCACACAGGAGAUAAACCAUAUCCCUGUGAUAUCUGUGAUAAAUCAUUCUCUACAAGUAGUAGUUUAUGUAAUCACAAGCGUACUCACACAGAGGAGAAGCCAUACCACUGUGAUUUCUGCAAUAAGACAUUUUCUAUGAGCUGUAGUUUGUCUAGCCACAAACGUAUACACACUCGGGAGAGUCCACACCACUGUGAUAUAUGUGAUAAAACAUUCUCUACAAGUUAUAUUCUCUGUAGACACCUGCGUAUUCAUGCAGGAAGCAGCUCUUCAUACCAGUGCAAUAUUUGUAGUAAAACUUUCUCAGACAGUACUAAUUUAACUCGUCACAUACGUAUUCACACAGGAGAAAAACCGUUUCACUGUGAUAUCUGUAAUAAAACAUUUUCCAGAAGCAGUAGUUUAUAUUCCCACAAACGUACUCACACAGGAGAGAAGCCAUAUCACUGUGAUAUCUGUGGUAAAUCAUUCUCUGUCAGCAGUAAUUUAUAUACCCACAAACGUACUCACACAGGAGAGAGACCAUAUCACUGUGAUAUCUGUGGUAAAUCAUUCACUCGCAAUAGCAGUCUAUAUAAACACAUACAUGUUCAUACAGGGUGGGAGCCAUCAUUCCAGUGCAAUAUUUGUGGUAAAGUUUUCUUGGACAAUAGCCAUUUAGCUCGCCAUACACGUACUCACACAGGUGAAAAACCAUACCAGUGUGAUAUCUGUGAUAAAGCAUUUUCUGGGAGUAGUGGUUUAUUUUCUCACAAACGUAUUCACACAGGAGAUAAACCAAAUCCUUGUGAUAUCUGUGGUAAAUCAUUCUCUACUAGAAGUAAUUUAAAUAGCCAUAAACGUAUUCAUACAGGAGAGAGGCCAUACCACUGUGAUUUCUGUGAUAAAACAUUUUCUAUGUGCUCUAGUUUGUCUAAUCACAAGCGUUUACACACAGGGGAGAGUCCAUACCGCUGUGAUAUCUGUGGUAAAACAUUCUCUACAAAAAGCCAUGUAAAUAGACACCUGCGUAUUCAUACUGGAGACAGCUCUUCAUACCAGUGCAAUAUUUGUAGUAAAACUUUCUCAGAGAGUACAAAUUUAACUCGCCACAUACGUAUUCACACAGGAGAAAAACCAUUCCACUGUGGUACCUGUGAUAAAGCAUUUACUAGUAGUGCAAGUUUAUCUUACCACAAACGUACUCAUACAGGAGAGAAGCCGUAUCACUGUGAUAUCUGCGGUAAAUCAUUCUCUAUCAGCAGUAAUUUAUAUGCCCACAAACGUACUCACAUGGAGAAUCAGAACCACUGUGAUAUCUGUGGCAAGUCAUUUUCUGUAGCUAAUAGUUUAUAUACACAUAAGCGUACCCACACAGGAGAGAAACCAUACCACUGUGGUAUAUGUGGCAAAUCUUUUUCGGUGAAGUGCAGUUUAACUAACCACAAACGUAUUCACACGGGAGAGAAACCAUAUCACUGUGGUGUCUGUGGCAGGACAUUUUCUAGAAGUAGCUUUUUGUCUACACACAAACAUUUACAUACAGGAGAGAAACCAUAUAGCUGUAAUAUCUGUGGUAAAUCAUUCUCUGCUGCUAGUGGCUUAUAUUGCCACAAACGAACUCACACAGGAGAGAAACCAUACCAUUGUGAAAUCUGUGAUAAAACAUUUUCUUUGAGCUCUAGUUUAUCUAGCCACAAACAUUCUCAUACAGGAGAGAAACCAUAUCAUUGUGAGGUUUGUGGUAAAGCAUUUACUCAUGACAGUUCUUUAUACCGUCACAAAAGAGUUCACAGAAAAGAAAAAUAACUGAAAUAUACAAUAAAAACUCUAUGGAAACAGAGAACAGAAAUACUGCUGUCUGACAGUAGACAUAACCUGUAUGUCAUUAUACACCAUAAGGUCACAGGAGGUGGAUGCACCAACAGGUAGGUCUGGUAUGUUAUGACCUGUCGGGACUCAGUGGUUUAUCCACUGUUUUUUACUCGGCAGGUGUAUGCGCUACCAGACUUCACCCUUAUGGACACUACCUUGGCGCGGUGAAAGAGCUUACGUCCAUAUGGGGGCGAUGCCGGAUAAAAGCCCUCAUAUUGGACAAACUAAAUGUGUCCAUCUUCCCCAAAGUGGUGCCAAGAAAUUUGGUGGGGACCAUGCGGAAUAUGGGUGACCCUGAUUGGGAGGUGUGAGGCUCCCCCGCUAGGGUGGGUAGGCAGCAGCUGGCCUGCCCUCUUGUAGGUUGUGAGGGUUCCCAUCAGGAACACUAUGAAAUUGGUCAGGUCCACUUCUAGGAUACAUUGGGGGAUCCUGGUUGUUGUCUGGGAGGGUCCUGGCUUAGGUUCUGGUGACUGAUUGUUGUGAGGGUCCGUGGCAUGUCUGGUGGUUCCUCAUUUGGGAUCACCAGAUUUCUUUUGGACCCAAGUGAUAAGGCCUGUCUUUUAUGACCCCAGCCAGUGGUGAUAUCGAAAAACCACUGCUUACAUGGGGUGGAUGCACUGACAUGCCGAGCCUGGCUUUUAUGACCCCUUGGGGCCUGUUGGUUAUGACCUCCUGCAGGGGACAACGGACCAUCUCCUCUGCAAGGUAGCAUUAGUGGCUUACAGAAUAACGACAGGACUGGUGUUGGGUGCUUUUUAUUGCGCCCGACACUGACAUAUAACCGGAUUAGAUCAGGCAUUUUUAGCUUAGGCUACAGUACGUAUUCCCUGGUAGUAAAAGGCUUUCAGCUCCCGCUGGACCUAGCACAUGUCCCCAUCGAUUACGUCCAUUCUCUUAUUUUAGAAAUGGACCAAGAUGUGGCAGCUAGGGACCUCCCCCUUGACGUCCAUUCUCUUAAUUUAGAAAUGGACUGAGAGGAGGUAGUGAGGGUAUCAAGCCUCACUCCAGCAGGGAGCGAAUUUUCAUUGCCAAUUCCCUGUGCGUCAUGCUCCAUAGCCUGUCCGCUAUGUCCUCUGCGCUUCACUUCUCCCCAAAGAUGGGGAGAUCAUUUAGAAUGUAGACAUGGUAUUAGACCUGUCUACAGAUAUAGCAAAUGUGGUAGGGAAAGUGGACACCUCCAUUCAGUGAGGUGCCAUGCCGGCUUGUGCGAUGGUGCAUCUGGUGCGCCUGCCCCAAGUCCUGCUCUGCUUACCUUCCAAUGUGACCACUGCAGCCGUUCUUUUUUGACAGCUGUAGGCCGAGGCUUCAGGCCGAAGACGCAGAGGCUGUUGGUCAGAUGAGGAAGUAGUGGUCCUCGUCGAGAAGGAGGCGGAGUUUUUGAAGGCAGGGGUUGGGUUAAUUAAUGCAGCCAUCGCACGGUUCCUACCGGGCAAGACUACCAAACAGGUAGGUUCCAAGAGGGCUACCCUGGCCAAAAAGACUCGUGUGAGUCAUCAAGAGUCAGGGCAGCCCAUGGCCGAUUCCCAGUCACAAGUCAAGGGCUGGUUUAUUGGAGACCCCUCAGUUUUUUUUUUGUUUUUUUUCUAUUACGAGGAGGUAGUAAGGUUCUUGUGCCUUGCUUCGGUAGUGAAUAGACCUAAUCUGAAAAAGACAAUAAAAAGAAAACCGAAUUGACUCUAGAUACCCGUUUCAUAGGAUAUUUUAGAUAUUUUUUAACAUUUAAAAAUUAUUUUAAUAUUGUAUGGGACAGUGAGAUCGUGCUGGCUUGACAAUUAUGCCUGUGUCCUGUGCACGUCACCAAUGGCAAGGCAAAAAGUGGGACCACCCACUAUAAAUAAAGGGAAUAAUGACUAUAAAUGUCUAUUAUAUCACAGCCAAAUGCCUCGUCAUCUAAUUAGUGACGCGCAUGAACGGAUCAACAAAAUUCCCACUGUCCCUAUCUACUGUCUAGCGAAACCACAGCCAAGGGAACGGGCUUGGAGUUCUCGGUAUCGAGCACGAGUGUGGCCGGUCGGUUGGCGGGGAGUAAGUCAGUAGUAUACGACGUUAUCAACGAAGACCACGAGUGUGUGUGUCCAUGUGUUAUCGACGAGGCACAAAGUGGCGAGUUCUUGGUGUUGAGCACGAGUGCGGCCGGUUGGCGGGGAGUAAGUGUGAUUUCUGCCCAGUGCUCUGCAUGUCAAAGUGAAGAAAUUCAACCAAGUGCGGGUAAACGGUGGGAGUAACUGUGAUUCUCUCACCUGGGAACUUUAGGUGUUGGUAGGGCCCUCUCCUGCAUUACUUCGGGGGUACCUGAGGGGUUUCUGGAAGGGUCCUUAUUUUGUUUGUUUGGUUUGUUGGGGGGGGGGGCACCGGAUCACUAUCGGGCCCGAGUGAAGGGGCCUGUCUUUUAUAACCCCAGACAGCGGUGCUAUCGAAAAACCACUGCUGAUCUGGGGUGGAUGCACUGACAGGCCUUGCCUUGCUUUGACGAAACCCUUGGGACCUGGCUGGUUGUGCUUAUGCUUGAGUACACUAGCAGGGAGGUCUCGUAUGCAAUGACCUGUUGAGACCCAGUGGUUUUUCUGCUGGGUUAUACUCGGCAGGUGGAUGUGCUGCCAGGCCUUACCCUUGGGUGAAGUCACUGUUGGGCAGAGCCACUCGCGGUCUGCUGUUAGGAGUCGAAUUAGUGGGCCAGAGGGUUUACUAGGUGGUUGGGGUAGUGGAUUAGCUUGCCCUAUUCGGUGGGGUUGGUCUUGCGCCUCCUUUAAGUUAAACUUAAUCGUUUCAGCCAUGGACCCAUGGAAAUUGCCGCCCAGUUAGUUAUGAAAUGAAUAAUAAGGUGAAAAACAAACGGCAGCCAGGCACCGCCAAACUGGUGGCCUGUGGGUCCGGGACGGGGCCCACAGGUCAGGCUGAAUGUACUGCCCAGUUGCAUUCGGCUGCACUGUGACCCUCCCCUGCAGGGGACAAUGAGUCAUCUCCCCUGCAUGGUAAAUCUGGUGGCUCACUAAAUUAUGACAGGACCAGUGUCGGGCGCUCUCUUUUGCACCCAACACUGACGUAUCACCGAAAAAAGGUAUUUUCAGCCUAGAUUAUAGCAACUAUUCCCUGGUGGUUAAAGGCUUUCAGCUCCCGAUGGACCUGGCACAGGACCCGGUCGAUGACGUCCAGUCUCUUUCUUUAGAGACGGACCGAGAUGGGGUCGCUAGAGACCUCCCCCAUGACGUCCAUUCUCUUAAUUUAGAAAUGGGCCAAGAGGAGGUAGUGAGGGUAUCAAGCCUCACUCCAGCUGGGAGCGAAUUUUCGCUGACUAUUCCCUGCAUGUCGUGCUCCAUAGCCUGUCCGCUAUGUCCUCUACGCUUCUCUUCUCCCCCUAGAUGGGGAGAACAUUUAGACAGUAGACAUGGCGUGAGGCCUGUGUACAGGUGUAGUAAAUGUGGUAGGGAAAGUGGACAUCUCCAUUCGAUGAAGUGCCACGCCGGCUUGUGUGAUGGUGGUGCAUCUAGAGCGCCUACUCCUAGUCCCCUAUUCUCCUUCCAAUGCGACCACUGCAGCCGUUUUAUUUUGACGGCUGUAGGCCGAUCGCAGCACAUUCGCCACAAGCAUCCUGCAGUGGCUAAUGCCCGCAGGAUUGCUGCUCGUUUAGAGCAAGUGGUGAAAAAGCGUGCUGAUCAGGCAGCCGCUGCCGAGGCAUCAGGCCGAAGACGCAGAGGCUGUUGGUCUGACGAGGAAGUAGCGGUCCUCGUCGAGAAGGAGGCAGAGCUGUCAAAGGCAGGGGUAAGGCAGAUAAAUGCAGCCAUCGCACGGUAGGAUCCAAGAGGGCUGCUCUGGCCAAAAGGGCUCGUGUGAGUCAUCAAGGGUCAGAGCGGUCCGCGGCCAAUUCCCAACCACAUAUCGAGAGAGGACCUCAGUCUAACUUAGACUGGAAGGAUCGCUUCCUCGAUGCUGCAUGUCCUGGGCAUACCCGUUGGUCUGCAGUCUUCUCCGAGGUCCUAUUGGAACUUGUAGAAGACGGGACCUCGGCUGCCUAGGGCUCUUUUGAGAGAAGAGUAGAGGACUGGGUGGAGCACUACAGAUCGCGUAGGGAAGAGACCACCAGGAGAAUUAGUGUUAGGUCUGCUAGGAACAAUACCAACUUUCGGCGGCGGGGUAGGCGACUUGCAUACACCCGCCACCAGGACUUAUUUAGGAAAGAUAGGAAGAGGCUCCUUGCAGUUGUCUUAGGCGAAGAUAAGGAGUAGGAAUGCCCAAUCCCACUCUAUGCUAUAGAGGAAUUCUAUAGAGGGAGGCUUUCUACUCCAGGCCCUGAGGUCGAUCUAACGGACUACCCUUCCCCCUCCCAGGUUGAGAACAGCCCUAUUUUGAGACCGUUCUCCGUGUCUUAAACCCGGUACAGUGACGUUAGGUAAAUAAUAAAAAUAAGAAAUAAAGACAAGUUUCCCUACCGACUUCAACAUACAAUACCCCCUCAAUGAAGUCUUCAACUUUGUUUAUUUUUUUGGAGACUGAGAGGCUGGUUUUUUGGAGACCCUGCAGUACUUUUUUUUUUAUUUCUAUUUUAUUUAUUUUUUAAAAAAUUUUAGUUUACAAAUUUUCUGUGAGGGGUAGCAAGGCUUUUAGGCCUUGUUUCAGUAGGGUUGAGAUAUAAAAGGAAAAAAAAUUAUUAGAAAAAGAAUACCAGACUUGACAAAUUUAAACCCCACCUUCAAUUGAUGCUUUUAGAUAUUUUUUAAUGUUUUAAAAUUAUCAAUCUUUAUUUUAAAGGACAGAGGGUGCUGGCUGUGACAAAGUGGGACCACCCACUCUAAAAACAGGGAAUGGAUGAUAAAAAGUCACUUAGAAAAAUAGCCAAAUGCCUCGUCAUCUAAUUUGUGACGCGCAUGAACGGAUCAACAUGAUUCCCACUGUCUCGUGAAACCACAGCCAAGGGAACGGGCUUGGAUGGAUCGACGGGGAAAGAAGACCCUGUUGAGCUUGACUCUAGUCCGGUUUUGUGAGGGCACAUGGUAGGUGUAGCAUAGGCGGCAGCAUUCGCGUUGCCCCGUCGGUGGCACGCGCGGUGCUCUUUCGGUCAUCGUUGUUUCUUCGGCAGCGGAUAUAUAUGGAUAUAUUUCUCUACAUUAUUUAUUGCAUUAUAUCGUUAAUAUGUUGCUAUAAAUUACCAAUAAAUUUUGAAAAUUUUUUACCAUUUUGUUUUCAGAUUAGUCAAAAAAAAAAUCUUGACUUGUAAGUUACAAAAUAAAUGUACAUCUGGUGUACUACAAUAACUAUCACCCAUUAUUUGAAUAAAAAAACUUUGUAUGAGAAAAAUAAGGAG